AUGGGGUCAGUCGGUAAAAUGAGCGAUAAUCCGUUUGAUUCGUACUUGAAUCGUUCCAAGGAUGACAGCAGCAUGGAGACGAAAUCGCUGGCAUCUGAGGCGUUUCUGAAGCCGAACGCGUCGCUGGAGUACUGCACGAUGACUGUGGACGAGACGCUGCGGCAAUUGAACACAGACAGCGCGAAGGGCCUGUGUGACCAACAGCAAGUGCGUGCCAGCGAGCAGGAGUGGGGCACUAACGAGGUCACGGUAGACGGCGAGGAUCCUGUGUGGAAGCGGUUCAUGUCCACAUUCGUGGAGGACCCGCUGAUCCUGUUGCUGAUCGGGUCUGCGGUGCUGAGUUUCCUGAUGGGCAACAUUGACGAUGCUGUGAGUAUUACGCUGGCGGUGGUGAUCGUUGUGUCAGUAGGGUUCGUGCAAGAGUACCGGUCGGAGAAGUCGCUCGAGGCGCUACACAAGCUUGUUCCCGCGAGCUGCCACCUUAUCCGAUUCGGUGCUGAGACACAUGUGCUGGCCUCAUGCCUGGUGCCCGGAGACCUUGUGUACUUUAAGGUGGGUGACCGGAUUCCUGCCGAUGUCAGGAUCAUUGAGAGCACCGACUUAUCGCUCGACGAGAGCACACUGACAGGGGAGACAGAGCCUGUGCACAAGUCUUGCACCCCCGUGAACAGUGCUACAUACAGCGACGUACCGGGCGGGAUCAUCCCUAUUGGCGAGCGGACCUCCAUCGCAUAUAUGGGUACCUUGGUGAGGGAAGGACACGGGAAAGGUAUCGUGGUAGCAACUGGCAAGCACACGAUGUUUGGCGCGGUAUUUGAAAUGAUGAACAGUAUUGAAAAGCCCAAGACUCCUUUGCAAAUGGCCAUGGACAGACUCGGUAAAGAUCUCUCAUACGUUAGUUUCUUUCUCAUUGGGAUCAUUUUCCUGCUUGGGGUUAUUCAAGGUAGGUCUUGGCUUGAGAUGUUCCAGAUAUCUGUGUCGUUGGCAGUUGCUGCGAUUCCUGAGGGUCUUCCUAUCAUUGUUACUGUCACUCUGGCUCUCGGCGUUCUUCGAAUGGCGAACAGGAAGGCUAUUGUGCGCCGUCUCCCUAGUGUGGAGACAUUGGGUUCGGUUAAUGUUAUAUGUUCGGAUAAAACCGGUACUCUCACUGCAAAUCAUAUGACAGCGUCCAAAAUCUGGUGCCUGGGAAGCAUGGCUAACAAAAACAACGUCUUGUCGCUAGAAGCCAAGUCUAGUGGCGGUCUACCCGGAAAACUUCCUAAUCUGAAAAACUAUUUGUCAGAUGAUGUCAAGGCUACCCUAAGAAUAGGUUCCAUCUGUAACAAUGCAAGUUUCUCCCAUGAGCAUGGCAAAUACCUCGGUAAUCCAACCGAUAUUGCACUCCUAGAAGUCUUACAAAAGUUUGACCUUGUUGACGAAAGGCCUACUACGACAAGGGUGGAUGAGCUUACAUUUAACUCCAAGAGAAAAUAUAUGGCAGUGAAGGUUGAUUCUCCGGCAAACAGCGGCAAACACAUCAUCUAUGUGAAAGGUGCUUUUGAGCGGAUACUUGAAAGAUCCGCGAGCUUCAUUGGCGGUGCAGGAAAAGUUGAGAAGUUAUCGGACUCACAUAAAUCCCUUAUCAAUGACUGCGCAAAAUCACUUGCGUCUGAAGGUCUCAGAACUCUUGCUUUUGCUCAGCUAGAGUGUUCUACAAAUAAACCGAUGAAUGAUAGUACGAUUCAGAAUCUGACAUUUGUGGGUCUGAUUGGCAUGAAAGAUCCUCCGAGAUCCACUGUUCGCCCCGCCAUUGAGGAGCUACUACAAGGGGGUGUGCAUGUCAUAAUGAUCACUGGGGAUGCCGAAAACACAGCCGUAAAUAUAGCCAGACAAAUUGGCAUACCCGUUAUUAAUCCCGAAAUAAGUGUUCUUACCGGUGAUAGACUUGACCAAAUGACUGAUGACCAACUGGCCGGCGUGAUCGAUCAUGUGAAUAUUUUUGCUCGUGCUACACCUGAACACAAGCUGAAUAUUGUGCGUGCUUUGCAGAAGAGGGGCGACAUUGUCGCUAUGACAGGAGAUGGUGUUAACGACGCACCUGCAUUGAAAUUGGCUGAUAUCGGUGUCGCCAUGGGCCAUAUGGGUACUGAUGUUGCGAAAGAAGCUUCUGAUAUGGUAUUAACUGAUGAUGACUUCAGCACCAUCCUAACCGCUAUUGAAGAAGGCAAGGGUAUUUUUAACAAUAUUCAGAGUUUUCUAACGUUUCAAUUGUCUACCUCUGUCGCAGCCUUGUCACUUGUCGCCAUAGCUACUGCAUUUAAGCUUCAAAAUCCGUUAAAUGCCAUGCAGAUAUUAUGGAUCAACAUAUUGAUGGACGGUCCACCCGCGCAAUCCCUAGGUGUGGAGCCAGUUGACCACGAAGUAAUGAGGAAGCCUCCAAGAAAACGUUCAGACAAGAUCUUGACUCCCCAAGUUAUGCGGAGACUCCUUAUCAAUGCAGCCUUUAUCAUUGGUGGUACUAUCUACGUGUUCAUCAAGGAAAUGACUGAGGAUGGACAGGUUACUGCGAGAGACACCACAAUGACGUUUACCUGUUUCGUGUUUUUUGAUAUGUUCAGCGCUCUAGCGUGUAGGCAUGCUACGAAGUCCAUUUUCGAAAUUGGUAUCUUCAAUAAUAAGAUGUUUAACUAUGCUGUUGGUUUCUCAUUACUAGGUCAGUUGUGCGCUAUUUACAUUCCAUUUUUCCAGAAUAUCUUCAAGACAGAGCGCCUGAGCCUGGGGGAUCUCAUUUAUUUGAUUGUAAUCAGUAGCAGUGUUUUCAUUGCAGAUGAAGUUCGAAAGUAUUACGCCAAAAAGAAUACCCAUCAAGACGCAUAUUACUUUUCCAUGGUUUAA